CUGGAGUUUGUGUGAACAUCAGUGAAGCUUUAGUUCAGUACAGAAUGAAGACGCUCCUCAUCAUCAUCAUCACCUUCUACCUGAUCUCAGGUCCAGUGCACUGCUCUGAUGUGAUUGGUUAUUCUGGAGGUCGUCUCAUAAUUCACUUCAAACAACCAAUUAUUUUCGGAUCUCCUGUGUAUUUUUGCAGAAUAAAAACACAAACAGAGUGUGAUUAUUUAAUAGUCGCUCGGGGAGAACAGUUACACACAGGGGUUCAUCAGGACAGAUUUACUCUGUUUACCUCUGAGGGAUUCAUUACAUUAAUAUUCAGAAACCUGAGUUUACAGGAUAGAGGAGUGUAUCAGGGUGGAGAGACUGGAGUGUGGAGUCAGAACAUUAACCUGAAAGUGAACAGAGAUCCAUGUUGUAGUGAGAGCAAAACAGUAAGAGGUUAUUUUGGACAGACUGUGAGAAUCAGCUGCUCCUAUCCAGUAAAGUUUGCAAAAAGCAUGAAGUUCCUUUACAAACUGAAUCGUCUCCCUGAAACUGAAGUGAUCAGAACCAGAGGAUCAGAACAUCAUCAGGACGGCAGAUUCUCAAUUUCUGAUGACACAAGGAAUAAAGAGUUCAGUGUGAACAUCAGUGAUGUGGGAGAAGAUGAUGGAGGAGUUUAUUCCUGUGCAGUCAGUAAUAAAAAGACUGAAGUCAUUUAUCACUCGCUCUUUACUGGAAUUCAGCUCCAAGUUACUGACUGCUGA